AUGGGGACUGAGGUAUACUGGCGGGGCCACUGGCCAUCGGUCCCCUGGCUCUCGGCCAGCAGUGAGGACGAGCCCAUCGGAGGCUGCCCCAAACUUGAAGGGUCUAAGUGCAAAGGGCAGCUUUUGAUAUUUGGGGCAACCAACUGGGACUUGAUUGGUCGAAAAGAAGUGCCUAAGCAACAAGCUGCCUACCGCAACCUGGGUCAGAACUUAUGGGGGCCCCACAGGUACGGGUGCCUUUCGGGGGUCCGGGUCCGGACGGUGGUGUCGGGGUCAUGCGCCGCCCACAGCCUCCUCAUCACCACGGAAGGGAAGCUGUGGAGCUGGGGGCGAAAUGAGAAGGGCCAGCUGGGCCAUGGCGACACCAAGAGAGUUGAAGCCCCCAGACUCAUCGAGGGGCUCAGCCACGAGGUGAUCGUGUCCGCGGCGUGUGGGCGGAACCACACCUUGGCCUUGACGGAAACGGGCUCCGUGUUUGCGUUUGGGGAGAACAAGAUGGGGCAGCUGGGCCUCGGCAACCAGACGGACGCUGUGCCCAGCCCCGCACAGAUAAUGUACAACGGGCAGCCAAUUACCAAAAUGGCCUGUGGGGCUGAAUUCAGUAUGAUAAUGGACUGCAAAGGAAACCUCUAUUCCUUUGGGUGCCCUGAAUAUGGUCAGCUGGGACACAACUCGGACGGCAAGUUCAUUGCCCGGGCGCAGCGGAUAGAGUACGACUGCGAGCUGGUGCCCCGGCGAGUGGCAAUCUUCAUCGAGAAGACGAAAGACGGCCAGAUCCUGCCAGUCCCGAACGUGGUGGUACGGGACGUGGCCUGCGGCGCUAACCACACGCUGGUCCUGGACUCCCAGAAGCGCGUCUUCUCCUGGGGCUUCGGUGGCUACGGCCGGCUGGGCCACGCCGAGCAGAAGGACGAGAUGGUCCCCCGCCUGGUGAAGCUGUUCGACUUCCCUGGGCGCGGGGCGUCCCACAUCUACGCCGGCUACACCUGCUCCUUUGCCGUCAGCGAAGUGGGUGGUCUGUUUUUCUGGGGGGCCACAAACACGUCCCGGGAGUCCACCAUGUACCCGAAGGCCGUGCAGGACCUCUGCGGCUGGAGAAUCCGGAGCCUGGCUUGUGGGAAGAGCAGCAUCAUCGUGGCUGCGGACGAGAGCACGAUCAGCUGGGGCCCGUCGCCGACCUUUGGGGAACUGGGCUAUGGGGAUCACAAGCCCAAGUCUUCCACUGCAGCGCAGGAGGUGAAGACUCUCGACGGCAUCUUCACGGAGCAGGUUGCCAUGGGUUACUCACACUCCUUGGUGAUAGCGAGAGACGAAAGUGAGACGGAGAAGGAGAAGAUCAAGAAACUGCCAGAGUACAACCCCCGGACCCUCUGAUGCUCCCGGAGCCUCUCCAGCUCCACACCUCUCGCGGCAGCUGUCAUUUUCACGUGCACUGGGACGGGAAGUCACACGAGGAAUUUUCAAAAGCAAAGGUUGACCGAAGGUGCAUUUUUGUUAAGACUCCCUGAGGUUCCGUUUUUAUAAGUGAUUCAACGUCAACUACCUUUUCUGUAUGCUUUCCAAAGUGUUGUUUUUUUUCUUUUCCCCUCUUAAUGAUUAAUUAAAGUAUUUGCUCAUA